AUGGCUGACGACGAUUAUAUGGAGAUCCAGAGGCGUAAUUUCGAGCAGCAAUUCGGAUCACUAGAGUCUUUGGGGUACAAGGAUAAGUCCAAGGUGGACGGCAGUCGAAGUUCCGAAUCUGAGAGCAGUGGUGAGAGUGACAGUGAGAGCGAUGAGCAUGAUGAGAUGGAUUCAGAGAUGAGUUCCGGAGACAGUGAUAGUGAUGAAAAUGACGAGAGUGAAGAUAGUGAGGACAGUGAUGAGGAGCCACAGGUUGUUCGUCUCGAAACUUCGCAUACUCCUGUUAUUCAAUCGAAGCAAGAUAGGAAGUUGGCUAGAUUGGGCAGAGCACCUACGCUUGAAGAAAUCGACAGGAAGAACAGAGAGCUCGAAAAGCUCACGAAGAAGCAACAAGCUAAGGCUGCUCAAGAGGAUGCAGACAACUUACAGAAUGACUUGAAGCUUCAGAGACUUCUUAGUGAGUCGCAUAUUUUGGCACACAACAUGGACUUUUCCGGAGCAGACUUGACACUCCAGACGCUAGACUACGAGGCACCAAUCGGCAAUGCCAGACGGCGUAUUCUCGACCAAAGAAUUAGACAGGCGGCAGCUACCAACUCGUCAACCAAAGGAAUGCCUAAGAAGCUCGAAAAAAUGCCCAUGAAUAUGAGAAAAGGAAUGAUCAAUGCUCGAGAGAGAAGAGUAACUGAGUACGAGAGAGAGGCCCGUGAGGCAGGCAUUGUACUAUCUAAGGUCAAGAAGGGAGAGCUCAGGAACUUGGACAGUGGACGUGGAGCUACUGUUUCCAGUGACAGGCUUGGAGUUGGCAAGAAGCAGACCAAGAGAGUGAGAGACAGGGGACUUCGGAUCCAUAGUGUUGGAAAGUCUACUAGAAACGGUUUGAGGAUUUCACAGCAAGAUAUUGAUAGGAUCACCAAUAAGGGUAAGAAGAGACGGAAGUAA